AAGAAAUCCAAUAAAUUAACUCUUUUCAUACAUAUCUUCAAACUUUCAGAGAAAAGAAUAUAGAAAUGGCUUUGAUUAGAAGUAUUUUGGGUGCAAAGAAGAUUCUUAGCCUCUCUGCAUCAGCAGCUUCUACGAGUAAAAGAGCAACCUCAGCGGCGCCAAAAGGGUUUCUUGCAGUGUACGUAGGAGAGAGUCAGAAGAAGAGAUAUCUAGUGCCAAUCUCAUACUUGAGCCAGCCUUCCUUUCAAGCUCUAUUAAGUAAAUCUGAAGAAGAAUUUGGGUUUGAUCAUCCAAUGGGUGGCUUAACGAUUCCUUGUCAUGAAGAUACUUUCAUCAAUGUGACUUCUCAGCUUCAAUGAUGAUGAUGAUUAUCCACCAUUUUUGUUCUUUGAAUUAGAAGUAGAUUUAUUCAUUGUAUAUAUAUGAAACUUUUCGAUGAUGUA